AUGUCCGACUCCCCAACGGUUCGAAUUUGUGUCCAGGACGAAGUGAUAGACCUGAUCCCGAUAGACAAACCCCCAGUCCAGCGACAGUCCCUUUCACCGCCGCCUGUGAAGCGACGUCGCACCUGGACCCAUCGACGGAAAUUGUUUGCCAACAAAAAGUGCCAGGGGGACUGUCUAAUAGACCUGGAGAGGUGGCAUGUGUCGCCGACCAUUAUUAACGACCCCAAUCAUUGUAGUGUGAUGGACGACCGGCUUCUGCAAUUGAGGGAACGCUUCUCUCAGGCCGCUUCGACCGAUGCCUUCCACUCGACCCAUCUGAGGAUUGGUGAUGUAGUGUCAUUGUUUGCUUUGGACCCGAAUGCUGGCUCUUCCGACCGAAAACACGAAGGGUUUCUGUCAACAUUGGGUUUGGUGGAUGACAGAUUGAUCGUAGAAGAGGGUAAUGGAGGCCUUCAGAAUCCUCCCAAGACGUUUCGAGGUAAGAUCAUUAAAACGUAAAUAGUAUAGGAAAGUAAAUAUAAAUAUUGUAACUUAAAGAGAUGUCUAUCCAAGCUCUACUACAAUUCUUUCAGAUUGCCUGUUCCGUAUCUGCCCAGUCAACAGAUAUGCAGCACAAAAACAGUACUGGACGGAACAGAAGAAGAGCUGUCUUAAUGAGCCAUACGAUGAAGAAAUGCUCAAGAAGCUGAUCGUAGCGGCGGAGAAAGAAAGGGAACAGAAUGACCUAGAGUACCGUAAAAUGAUGGGUUCACCUAUUCAGUACGGAUCGGCAGUCCAGCUACUGCACGUGAAGUCGGACAAGUACGUCACGAUGCAAAGAAACUCCCCAGCACGUCAAGAACGGAACGCUAUGAGGGUCUAUUUGGACAGAACGGGUAAUGAGGGAUCGUGGUUCACGGUAGAACCAGUUUACAAGCACGUGGCUAUUGGAGACAACGUAAGUUUUGUUAUUGUUACAGUUGAAUCUCUAGGUAACUAUAAUAACACAACUGACUAAUGUAAAAUAUAGAUUUUAAAGCAUAUCAUAACUUAAAUUGGUUUAGGUAAUGUCAGGAGAGCGAAUCUGUCUAAUCCCUUACACAACUGGUCAUCACUCCAACACUUCCACCAACUCUCAACCCAAGCUGCAGCUACACCUAUCUCACUUUCGCCUACAUGAUCAUGACAUUGGUUGGGAAGUAAACUGCCUCAACGAACUGACAGAAUGGCAAGUCAAUAUAUACCUCCAGUUCGACGAGAAUCGACCAGACAAUGUCAAGUCAGGUGAUGUCGUUCGUCUCUUUCACGCUGAUCAACAAACCUUCUUAACCUUGGACAAGAACCCCAAAAGCAAGAAAGAUGUUGUUUUUCUUCGAAUGACAAACAGAAGCUCGGCUACAGAUGCCACUUCUUCAAGAGCGUUAUGGGAGAUUCAGGUAUACAACAAAGAAAUGGCAUUCAGAGGAGGAGCAGCUACAUGGCGACGUCAGAUAAAGUUCAAACAUCUGGCCACAGACCUAUACCUAUCCUCUGUACCUUUGAGUAAAGCAGAACAAAUGAUAACAGAGAGAAGAGCCAGUGGAAUCAGAGUACAAUUGAGCAUCGACAACUCUUUCGACUCACAUCCAGACGACGAACCUUAUGUUUUAGUCCCGAGCUCAACAGAUCCAUCGAUCAAAGAGAAGGACAUCUUAUUCUUGUUGGAUCCUUGUGCCAAAACUUCCACAAAGGAAUCUAGAGUACCCAUAAACUCUUUUGUCCGGCUACAGCACAUGGAAACAGGACGAUGGCUACACACAACAGACCCGGCUGUCAAACAGAACCUCUACUACACGAGUAAAAACGAGAAAGGAUGGGUAAAGAUCGUAUGUGAACAUACCAAAAUUGACAAAGAAGCUUUUGCUUUGUCUCCAGUGUCUCCAAACGAAGUCAGGGACCUUGACUUUGCCAACGAUGCAUGUAGAGCGUUAGAUCAGUUCAUCAACGUGAUCAAAAGUGGGAAAACCGUGGGGAAGGAGCCUAUAAAGUGAGUAUAUUAAGUUGUUAUAGUAGUAAAAUUCUUUCAGAAUAGUAUUAAUAAGUAAACAAACAACUAAUUUUAAAUAAAACAGUUCCAAUCAAAAAAUUCAACUUACAGCUUCACCACACAAUUACUGGUCGAAUGUAUAUACUUUGUAACGAAUACCACGAACCACAUGGUAGAUCCACUGAAUAUUAUUGAAUUUGAACCAACGAGAGAUCGUCAGAAGCUGUUGAGAGAACAAGGCGUCCUUGGCAAAGUGAGUAUUUUAAAAACAAAUUUUUGCAAAAUCAGUAGUGACAUUUCGCUUUUUUUCGAAGAUUUCUUGCGUUUUCCCAAUUUUCGACAAAAUUUUGUCGCGAUAUAAAAAAUUGAUGCAUAAAUAAAAUAAAGAUAACAUUUUUCUAUAAAAGACUGGCAAAAGUAGAUGAAAAUAUCUUACAAACUAGCUAUAAUAUUAUUUUGUGUAUUUGACAUUGUUUUAUUAUGUAUUUCUUAUUCUAAAACUCAAGUUUUAGGUUUUUGAUCUCCUGAAAGCUCCAUUCUUACCUCGCCAAGGGAUAGGUGAAGUUGCUCCUCUAUUAACAUCGCCACAAGAACUCACAGAGAAUCGAAAUGAAGUCUUUCGAAGGAUGUUUCAGCUGUGUUACUCUUUACUACGGUAUUCUCAAGUCAGAUAUCGUAAGAACCAGGAGUUUUUGGCCGAGAAGUUCGAUCAGAUUCAAGAACAAAUCGGAUUUAAUUUAUUGGCCGAAGAUACGAUGACCGCAGUCUUACAUAACAAUCCCAAACUCUUGGAGAAAUACGUUAAAACACCUCACGUCGAGAGGUUCGUGGAGCUGGUCAGGAACAACAGAUGUGGAAAGUAUGUGCUUUUAUAUUUUUUUUGUAAUAAUAUAGGCUUUUUGUAUUAAUGAUUGUAUCACGUUACCUAAAUUAUGUCAAAACAAUCAAUUUUUCAUGGAUAAGAUGAAUAAAUUAAAAUUAUUUUAGAUUCCUGGAUUACCUUGCCGAUCUGUGUGUUUGUCGUGAUGAAGCUAACAAGAAGAUCCAAGAAUUGAUCUGUAACUCUGUGUUGAGUGAAAAGAACCGUGACAUCUUUAUGAAAACAGAGCUAGCUCCAUCUUUCGGCAAGAAGACUCGACCUGACGUUUUUAUCUGUUGGAACUUUCCAAACUCAGCGUGCCGACUUCUAGUUCAAUGUGCUGAAUCUGAUUCACAAGAAGACCGUGAGAUGAUAGACUAUUACAGACAUCAGCUGGGGUUGAUUGCUCAAAUGUGUCAAGAUCAACAGUAUUUGGCCAUUGAUCCGCCGCCAGAGAGAAAGUUGUUGAACAUCAGUCACGAACUGCCUAUUGAUCUGGUUUUACAGUAUGUUUUAGAUUAUAGAGAUCUCUAUCUAUAGAGAGACUAGAAAUGCAAACUAAGCAACUAAUAUUAUCCUUAUUCAGAUGCAUGUCAGACACCCGCUUACCGUUUGACAUUCGAGCCUCCUUCACACGUUUGAUGCUCCAUCUUCAUGUUGUACGAGGAUCUCCGGUCACCGCUGUACGACAUGCUCGUCUAUGGCGUGAUAUACCUAAUCAAGUUGAUGUAGUUAGUUAUCAUUCCAAUUUGACUGCCAGCUUUACUGAUGCCGGACCUUCACGACAUUUGGCUCACGAGAAGUUCAAGGGUCUUUUGGGUGUUGUAGAUGAUUAUCUGGCUGGACUGAGGAAGAUUUAUGCCAAUGGAGAUGUGGUUUUGUCGGAAUCACCUAACUUCUGUGAUCAAAAUCGGCUGACUUUUGAGGUAAAUGGAGGUUUAUGUUGUCAUAAAAGUAGUUUUGAAAGCAUUUUAUUGUAAAUGAGAUAAAAAGUAAUUUUUACGAUAUCAGGAUACUGUAAUUUACUAAAAUAAUAAUAAAACGUAAGAAAAUUAAUUCUGACCUCAUUUUAGGUGGUGAAUCUCGCACGCGCUCUGGCUCAAUUUGGUUUCUACACAUUCGAGGAACUGUUGAAGCUGGCCCAGAAUCUGUUGGCCAUCACUGACAGCUCUCCGAAGCAAACGAUAACGUCGCGUGCGUCUAUCAUCCCAUCGAUUCAACUUGAUUUGAUUUCAGAGCGUUUAGCCCCUCACACCAAGCUGAUGCGCCAGAUCACUCGUGGAGUUCUCAACACCAAAGCCCUCGCCGAACCAACGGUAACCGCUGCUCCGAAGCGGCCAACAACGCUGAAGCACAGCGAUUCCGAUGCAGAGGAAACGGCAAAGGCCAAGGAGAGUCGAGAGAUGGUGUUGCAGACCAAAUUGAUUGUUGUUGAAUUGCUACAGGUAGGUUUGACUACAAAUUGUCUAUUAUAUUGGCUAGAGAUUGGUGUAUCUUGAAAUUAAGAAAACAAAAGCGUUAGAUUUGUUAUAAUGUAAGUUUACUUUACAGUAAAAAUCUCAAAAUAUUCAUUAUAACAGUUCUUACUACAUUUAGUUUAUCAUGGACGUUCGACGAGAUUACCGUAUCACAGUAGCCCUAUCGUACUUCAAAAACAACUUCCCAUGUAACGAGAACGGCGAGCUUCUGGAGACUCCAAUAAUCACGGAGAAGAUCGUGAACGAGAUGAGAGCUGAAGUCUUUGACCAAACGGAACAAGAACUUAACUUUGAUGGGGAACAAGGUCAACAACUUCUGAGGAUUCUGCUUCAAAUGACCAUGAAUGACUACCCACCACUAACAAGUAUGGCCUUGAAAGUGCUAUUCAGACAUUUCAACCAAUAUCAGGAACUGAUCGAGGAUUUGAAACAAGUUCAGUUGUUGGUAUCUAACAGAGAUGUCGACAAUUACCAUCAAAUUGACCGUGACUUGUUUAUUCUGAAGAAUCUAACGGAGAAAAGUGAACUCUGGCUUCAUUUUGGGAAGCCAGUAGCUUCUACAGCAAAACGCCAGAAGAAUAUGAGUGCGGACAGAUCCAGAAGUAUGAGUGGCGACGAUCUUCUGAACGACAAUCCUGAUGAAGUCGACCACGAACGUCUAGUGGAAGAUCUGAAUGAACUCGCGGUAGAUAAUGGUCCUCUACCAACUCAACCGUUCAUCGACUUCAUAAAGUCACAUUACGCCCAGAACAAGAUCAAAGUCAUCCAGCUACUACAACAACUCCUUAACAACAAUGAGAGAGAUACGAUGGCUACAGCUCUGCACGAUCUCAUGGACAAAGCUCCACUGGUAGCGUAUCCGAUAACGAAGGAGAUCAUCAAAAGAAUGCGGAAUCUGUGUUUCGAAGACAGCAGAGACCUGAGGCCGUACGAUAGGACAGCUGGUACACGGAACGACCUUAUGAAUCAACAACUUCUGAGGAAUAUGAGGGUGUUCGAGGUUGUAUUGGAGUUCCUGUCUGUACCUUAUGAUAAGAAGAAUGACACAGAGAUGCCAAAGCUGGUGACAUUAGCUCACGAGUUCUUGAGGAGUUUCUGUAAGAACAACAAGGAGAAUCAGAAUCGGCUGCAGUUGUACGUUUCUAUCGAUAACGAUGCGAGGGAAGGGUCGUUAUCGGUCAAUACUGUAAGCAUUUUAUUUUUAGUUUUUUAUUUUAAUCCUAAUUUUAGCAUAAAAUAGUUCUUGAAACAACUAUUAUAUUGUUUUACAACUUAUUUUAGGUUGAGGAAGUCCAAACCUUAGUGUCAGUCUACCGUAACAACCCAGAGCUUUGUGAAAACGUAUCAGAAAGUCUAAUAUCGCAUAUUGUUGGAUUGAUAGAGCACAAACAUAGAAAUGCCAUCUUCUUGGAGUUCCUACAAGUUGUCGUAUCAUCAUGUGAGAAGGAAGUCGACAGUGUCCAGUUGAAGAUCGUCGAGGAGGUAAGACUACUGCAAAGUUAUAACAUGAAAUAAAUUGAUACUAAAAGGAAAAAUUAAUUCUUUGUGUUUACUCUUAAAAAUACGAAAGAAUUAAUGGAUCUACCUAAUAUGACAUUCAGAUUGGGAAAGCGUCGGAUGAAGUUCGACCGUUUUACGUUGACAGCGCCAGUUUCGAACAGUUACUGGAGAUGAUGAGGAAUGAAGUUGAUCUGGAUGUGGUUUCUCCUCUACGAUAUCAUACUGAGAUUGUGAAGUGAGUUAUAUUUGUAGUCUUUAGACAUUCUCUAUACUUUUUAUUAACUAAAACAGAAGGAUGUUAUAAGUGUCUUGAUAUCAUAGUACAGCUUUACAUCUAUUUUUAACAAUAACUAAACUUUUAGGCUAAUGGCGAUGUGUACAAAAGGCAAAAACAGUAGUACCGAACUGAAGUGUGCGUCCUUCUUACCCAUGGAUCACAUCGUACGAGUUGUAACUGCCAAGGAAUGUAUUGUCGAAGUCAAAUCAGUAUAUCUUCAGUUCAUGUUACACUGUUACAUUGACUCAGACAUUGAGUUAAAGGACGCCAACAAUGCUGAAUACCUCGAACAGAUCAUGGAUGACAUAUUGGCUGACAUACGACAGUUUUCGUACAAACUGAGUCGAGAACCGAAGCAAACUUCUGAAUUGAUCAGUCUGGAGAGAUACGUCUGUCAGCAGCUGACCGAGGUCUUGAUGAAGUUCUUCGAGAAACCUUACAGUCAACAGCCGAUGAUCGACAUAAAACAACAUCGGAAGAGGUUCACUCACAUCGUACAACAACUUACAGAGCUUCAGAAUGGACCGCUGAAGAGCAGCAACCAUUCCAAGAACUGGUACCGAGUGGCCGAGUGUACCAAACGGCUGAACAAAUGCGCUGACGAGCUUGGAGUAGUCGCCUUGACUAGCUUUACAUUACCUCCAGUCAGUUCAGCUACCACGGCCAAACAACGAUGGCAGAGUGCAGCACAUUCGGCUAGAUUCAUCACGGUAUGAUAAUUACUUGUUACUUUAAAGUCCAUUUCCUAUCUAAAAAUAAAUUUUUGAUAAUAUUUUAUGAGAUAUAACUUUUGUUUUACAGCGUAACCAGCAGUCGUUGUCUAUUCGAGGUAACCGAACACUGAACGCUCCGAGGUUCUCGAGAGCUGUGGACAGCAUGAACAAUGUCGUCAUGUGUUAUCAGCAGCUUAUCUCAGAACUCCGAGUGUUUCUACUACCACUACAAGGUGCGGAAAGCUCUGUUUUGGUCGAUAUAUUACACUUACCCGAGAAACUGUUUCCAAUUGGCAGUGCUUUGAGGGAUCGAUGUGAACAUGGUGGUGUUUGCUCAAAGUGAGUCCUGACACACAAUCAUUUUGCCAAAAUUAGAAUAAUUUUUGCGAAAAAUUCCCAUUUUUGUGAAUUCACCAAUCACUUAUUGGGAAAAACAACGAUAUCGGCGGGCGCAGAUCGCGUUAUGCAAAUGUAUACGAUAAAAAGUAUACACGCUUCAGUAGUUAGGAAUUAUAGAUUGAAAUUUAAGUUUUAUAUAGUACAUUAAACGGUAUUUUAGGUUGAUUCAACAUUGCAAACUGCUACUACAACAGAAACACGAAGGUUUGUGUAGCCGAGUCUUGGCCACGUUGUGUAGAAUGGCCACGAGCGCCAAACACAAUUUUAUACUUCAGGUAAGCCAGUAAGUGACUCUAAAAGUAGCUGCUACCAAAUUUGCUACAAUUUAAAACUUCAAAAUUUAAUGCUACAGUUUAUUAAAUUAAUGCUACAGUAUGAUAGCUGAGUAGACUUACAUUUUCAAUUUGCUUACUACGAAAACAAAGCUACAGUAAUGUAAAAUCUGACACUAUGAUAGAUUUUCGACUAUUCUGUUAUAUUCUAUUAUGCCUUUACUGUCACACUUUUAGUCGACCUUCCAGAGUACGAUCUUUGGCAGCGAUGAGAAUGAGAUGUUCAUUCAAAAAGUAAAAUCGCGUGUAUUUAGUUACUUUAGUUGAUUACAGCACUGUUUUGUGUCAAAUUGAAUUUUUUUCUUUUGGUAUCAAACUUUUUUCUUUAAAGUACAGGACUAUAUGUUUAUUUCUGUACUUUUACACUCCGACUUUACCUAACUUUGAGUUUUACUUUAGUUUCUUAUACCGAGUGCCAGUGUCAAAGCUUGUAUAUCUUGAGUUUAAAGCAAUAAAUUAUAAGUGAAAGUAGAUAUAAUUUGUUUUUCAGGGUAAAUCUGUGAGAAAACAGUUACUGCAACGUUACUUUGGAGUUGAUGCAGUACAAAGUGGUAAUCAGAAGCGUAUCAUAAGCAAUAUCAAGGAUUCUGAUGGCAAAAAGAAAGGUAAGCUUUUAAGGGUUUUGUGUUUUUAUUGUUAAGAGGAUAGUUUAAUAAUAUAAGAUUUAUGCUAAUUUUGACCUUUUACAGAUUACAUUUUUGAUGCUGAACUACGACCAUUAACAAACGUGUCGUUAUAUCAAGUACAAUGUAAACUGAACGAUGCUGGUGCUGUUGGUAAGUUAAAUGUCAUAUAAUUUUAACUUUUUAUUAAUGACAUAGAACUAAUUUUUAAUCUACUGUGAAGUAAGAGUUACUUAAUGUAAUCCUUAUGUUUCAGACCUUGUGAUUGACUUGAUAGUAAUGGAGCCCUCGAGUGAAAUCUUUUUGAAGGCUUGUCAGUUGGCUAAAGCCCUGUUGUAUGAAGGUAACCAUGAAGUUCAGAUGACUUUCUACCAACGACUGAAACACAAGAAGGUGGCCGACAAGUUCUUCAGAGCCUUGAUAACGAAGCUACAGACCGCUCAGAAUCGUCUCAAAAGUGAUAUGAUGUCGGAAAAGAGCCACAGGGGGAAGUCAGGUAGGCUUAAAAUAGUUUUUUGACUUUUAAAUUUACAAUAUUGGGCUUCUCUUCAAUAGGGAUAGUUGGAGAAGGUGAUAGGUAGUAGCUACUAUAGGGUUCUAUAAAAUAUGCUAUUGAAGUAUAUUAGGCCACUUGAAGCUUAAUUUUUUUAUUUUACACUGCCUUUAAGACUUUUAAUACUUUGACAAUUGAAUUUCAGCACUUUCAACUUCGAUCAGCCGACGCUGUACGUUUCUUUUGAUUUGGUUUUUAUUAUUUAUCCUCUAACACUCGUGUGCUUCUUAACAAGUUUUGUUGCUAAUAAGGUGUUACCUAAUAUCAACGUUUUUUUUUGUCGUUAUAUUUUGAAAAUAUUAUUUUUAACUAUAUAUCUUCAGCGUCCACAGUAAUGACUCCAGUACCGUACUUGACCGAGGCUUCGUUGAGUGAGAGUUUACGUCCAAAUCCAAAGCUAAAUGCUCAGAAUUCGUUUGAAAACGCACCAAAACCAUUGCCAAGUGAUUACUCCAAUGUCUCUAGCUUGCCGUGCACAAUGGAUUGUAACGAGGAAGACAAGUAAGUUAGCUGUUGAAAUCUUAUUGUACUAGAAAUAUAAUAAAUACAUAUGUAAAAUGAUAAUGUAAGUUUUAGGCCAAACGAAUACCUGCCAACAGAAGUCUCAAUCAUAGAACCCAUUCUCAGAUUCCUCCAAUUGCUUUGUGAGAAUCACAACAACGUACUCCAAAACUUUUUGCGUACUCAGAACACUCGACCUGACUAUAAUCUAGUAGGUGAGACGUUGACCUUUUUGGACACCAUUUGCGGAUCGACUAAAGGAAGUCUGGGUGUCUUCGGAGAGAUCGGAGAACACAACUUCUCCUUAAUCACCCAGACAUUGAUCACGUUGACAGAGUUCUGUCAGGGACCGUGCCACGAGAAUCAGAACACUUUGGCCAUGCACGAAUCCAACGGCCUUGACAUUAUAAUAUCACUGGUAUUGAAUGACAUACGACCAUUGGCCGAUGAACAUAUGGACUUGACAUUGGAGAUCAAGAGUAAUGCCUCCAAGUUAUUGUUGGCCAUCAUGGAGAGUAGACAUGACAGUGAGAAUGCGGAGAGAGUACUCAGAAAUAUGUUCCACACUUCUGGAGGACCAGCCCAGCUGAUUAAGGCUAUCGUACAAGCAUACGAAAUGUCAAAUUCAAAUGAUUUCAAGGUCACUAAGGUCAAACAUCAACUCAUGUCACAAAAUGUAAGUAAUGAUUUUAAAACAAUGAAGUUGGUUCGGCGUAUUUUACUAUUUAGAAACUUGGACAUGACAAUUAUACAACAAAUGUAAUUUUCAGAAUGGCAAGUCGUCGACCCCAGUAAUCCCGGAAAUCUCGAUUCAUCGUGCCGAUGUAAAGGAAACCCCUGUCGUAUCACCAGCCGUAACAUCCUUAAUUGACCCAAAAGAAGUUGGUCACAAUGUGUACAUCUUGGCCCAUCAACUGUCUCGGCACAACGAGGAAUUGGCCAAACUUCUGGAUCCAGCUCGAGCUCCAAAUGAAAUCAUGCGCGACGCUUUGGAGUUCUACAAGAAUCACACUGCCCAGAUCGAAAUCGUACGUUCGGAUCGUAAACUGGAACGUGUCGUAUUCCCAAUUCACGAUGUAUGUUCGUAUAUCACUCCCGAGACCAAGGCCCAUGUAUUUGUGAAUACAGAAAGAGAUGCUCAAGGAUCGAAGGUAACGGACUUCUUCGACAAGUGGGAAGAGCUGUACGAUGAGAUGAAGUGGCAGAAGAAGUUACAGAGCCAGCAACUUCUGAGUGGCAUCACGAAGAAGUUGAGAUUCUGGGGCAGAAUGAGCUUCUUCAACGCUGUCUUGAUCAAUAUCAUGAUAGCCAUCUGUUAUCCGUUCGAGAAUGCUCCGUUGGAACGGCACGUUCAGCUCAGCAAUCCGUUCUUGUACUUGUCGCUCAUCGUGCCAUCGUAUCAUUUGUAUUCUUCGUGGGAUUCGUCGAGGUAAGACAUUGCCGCACAGUUUGUUUUAGUUAACAUAAGUAUAACAAAAUAUAGCUUCGUAAGAUGUUCUACUUUCUUUCAGCAACACAUUUGGUAUAAAUUCUCGUUGUCUGUUUGGUAUAUUUGGUGUUAUAAUAUGUUUGACGUUGUUCUUAAGUGCUUUGAUUGGUGUUGUGCCCACAAUAGCAUUGAUAGGGCUGUUUCAAGUACUCAAUAAGACAUUACAUCUUGUGAGUUAUGUUGGACAUCGAGGACUGAUCGAUCGACAAUGGUACGAAAGGUUCACUGACUCUACAGUAUGGUACCACUUUGUGUAUCUUGUGUUUUGUGCAUUGGGUAUUGUGGUACAUCCAUUCUUUUAUUCGUUUCUGGUGAGUUAGUGGUAGUUUUUAUGGUUCUAUAGUAAUUGUUAUUGUUUUAAAGUACACAUUGUUACCUUUUAUGUAAUUUUUUUUUGAAUUUUAAUUCUCGGUUUUAUUUUAUCGUAUUCUUAUUCGACUCAGUGGUGUACGAUCUGUUGGUCACUAUAACACAUCUAUUGUAGUAUACCUCUUUCAACCAAUAUUUCAGCUAUUUGACAUUGUGGUAAACGAAGAAACCCUACGCAACGUUAUCCGCUCAGUUACCAGAAACUGGCAGUCGAUCAUCUUGACCGGUAUAUUGGCGUUGAUCCUCGUGUACCACUUCUCCAUCAUCGGCUACAUCUUCUUCCAAAAAGACUUCCGAUUGGAAGUGGAGAAGCUGGAUGAUGAUGUUUUAGUCAGCGUACCCACGGACAGUUGGCCACAAUGUGAACGACCAGACCUCGACUGCCCUACUACAACAACGAUAACGCCAGAGAAAUCAGAGGAAGACAAGAUAUUAUCAUGCGAAACGCUUCGUAUGUGCAUAUUGAUGACAUUGAAUUGGGGUAUGAGGAACGGCGGAGGUAUUGGAGAUGUGCUGAGGAACGUUCAUCCACAAGAACCUUAUUGGAUGUGGCGUAUUUUAUACGAUUUGUCGUUUUACAUCGUUCUGAUUGUCAUCGUAUUGAACUUGAUUUUUGGUGUGAUUAUUGAUACGUUUGGAGAUUUGCGUACGGAGAAGAAUGAGAAUGAAGAUAUACUCAAGAACACCUGUUUUAUUUGUGGAUUGGAACGUGGACGGUAAGGAAAUAUUAUUUUUUUCAUACUUGUGAUUCAACAAAUCAAAUUUAGCAUUAUACUCUCCAACUUUAGGUUCGACAACAAAGCGAUAACUUUCGAAGAGCACAACGAAUACGAACACAACCUCUGGCAUUACCUAUACUUCAUCGUAUGGCUACAAAUAAAGGACGAGACAGAAUUCACAGGCCCUGAAAGCUACGUAGCUGAUUGUGUAAAGAAGAAAAAUCUAGAUUGGUUCCCGAGAAUGCAAGCGAUCUCCUUGAGGGAGGAGAACGUUGACAGUGAUCAGCUAGACAUGAAAGAUCUGCAAGAACAGAUGAGGAACAACCAGAGAACGAUCAUCGAAUUGAGCCGAAAGCUACAGGAAUUGAAUCACGUAAGUAUUAAUAAUAAUGAAGACAUUUUUGAGUUACUAACAAGUUCGUGUUAAAAUACACGUCUCCUUACACCUAUAGCAAUAUAAAGUAUGAUCAGGGGCGUCGCUACGGAUUUUUUCUGGGGGGGGAGGAAAAAUUUUUUGCUCCACAAAUAUAAAAAAUUUUUUUCGAUUUUUCAUGUACAGGUACCUACCUGUGCUAUUUUUUUCGGAUUGGCUCUGUGGGGGGGGUGGAUCCACCCCCCCCCCUCUAGCGGCGCCCCUGAGUAUGAUUUAUAUUUACCUAGAAAAAUCCCUUAGGGAUUCAUACAAUAAAAUACCCGAUUUCAGCUACUAGUUGAAAGCAUGACACGUCAGUAG